AUGUCAUCAUCAAACUACGCUCAGUCCCACGCGCCACUCCUUCGCCCACGCCGCGUGGGCCGCACGCCCGUCCUCGCGCUCCUUCUCGGACGCCGCGGACCUUCCGUUAUGGUUCGUGAAACCGCGGCGCGCGAGCUUGAAGAGCGGCGCGCCGACUGGGGCUACUCGAAGCCUGUGGUAGUGCUUGAUGUGACGUGGAACACGGCCUUCGUGGUGGUCGCAGCGGUUAUGUUAGCUUGCUCUGUUGAGGAGAAUCCUAACACGCCGAUUCGGUUGUGGAUCUGCGGGUACGCUGUGCAGUGUCUGGUCCACGUGGCGUUGGUGUGGUUGGAGUACAGGAGGAGGAAUGGGGUUGGAGGACGAAGGGAUGAGGAAUCUCUUGAUGAAGAUGUUAACGAUAGCGAGGAUGAUGAUGAUGUUGAAUUUCGGAAUUCUUCUCGCCCCGGAUUUGCAAAACGCUGUGCAUCGUUGAAUACCAUGCUUUCAUUGAUUUGGUGGAUGGUGGGAUUUUACUGGGUUGUCUAUGGUGGUGAUAUUCUAAUGCAAGAGGCUCCACGGUUGUACUGGGUGGCAGUUGUCUUUCUAGCAUUUGAUGUCUUCUUUGCCGUCUUUUGUGUUGCUUUGGCAUGCUUGAUUGGCAUUGCCCUCUGCUGCUGUUUACCCUGUAUUAUUGGUAUUCUUUACGCCGUUGCGGGACUGGAGGGUGCAUCUGAAUCAGAUCUCAGUAUACUUCCAAAAUAUAAGUUUCAUGUGGCAAGCAAUGAGGAAACAUCCAGUCCGAGGGGUGGAUCAAUGGUUCCCAUUGAAAAUAGUAGUGGUGCAAAUGAACGAGUACUUUCACCGGAGGAUGCGGAAUGCUGUAUAUGCAUCUCUCCUUACGAGGAUGAAGCAGAGCUUCACGCGCUUCCUUGUAACCACCAUUUUCAUUCCACAUGCAUAGUGAAAUGGUUAAAGAUAAAUGCAACUUGUCCUCUUUGCAAGUUCAAUAUUCUAAAGGGAAAUGAACAGAUAAUAUGA